CAAAUAUACUUAUAACGAAAAGCGUUUUAUCGUUUCGCCGACAUUUGGAAUAAUUAUCGUUUCUCUAUACUUAAAAUAUAGAGAAAUUGGAAUAAUUAUCGUUUCGCCGACAUUUGGCGUCACCUGAGCGACAACCAUGCAGUUGAAGAACAUUAUCGAGAAUUCUGAGACUUCCAAGUUGAUAACAGAGCAUCUGAACCAGAUUGAUGAGAAGCCUCUGCCCCAGAGAAUCCAGUCCCAAUGGAGCAACCUCAUCCUUCUAUUCCUGCGGAAGUAAAUAUGGAAGUUGCUAUUACUUGCAAUGAAGUUAUGCAGGCUGGAGGUUUUGGUGCUACUUAUGAUAGUGGUAUCAUGCUUCCAGCUGCCAGCGAUUGCACUGAACUUAUGGACCAUCUUCAUGAUGUUCACGGAUAUGAAGGGUCCAAGGAUGGCGACAUUAAAGCCACUGACAAAGUUGAAGAUGGUGUAACCCCUGAAGCUCAAGAGGCAGUAAAUAUGGAAGCGUCUUUCUUUUCUGAUGAUGUGAUACGGGCUGGAGGUUUUGGAGCUACAGAUAAUAUAAGCAGCUUUCUUCCUGUUGCAAGUGAUCAUACUGAUUUUGAGGAAAAUCUCCGUGAUGCUCGAGGUUAUGAAGAAUCCGAAGAAAAGAGCAGCCGGCCUGGCCUUGGCUGGAAGAGCGAAUGAGUCACUGUUUAGAUGUGAACCAAGUAGUCCAAAAAUUCAAAGAAGUAUGCACAUUCUAUCUAUCUACUAUUGUUCUUGGCUCUUGACGUCAGGUGAUGGCCGACUCUUUGAUCACUGUUGCACAUAAGCUAUUCCUCUUCGG